AUGUUGAAGAAGCUACCCAGGGCAGUGUUACAAACAUCCAGGUUCAUCAGGUGGAGUUCUUCUGAGGCCUAUGCAAAUGCCGUUACUUCAUUGAAGAGGGAUUUAAAACAGGCCUUAAUUGAAAAAGAUAUCAUCAGGAAAAAUACUAUACGUGGCAUUCUAUCAGAAGUGAAGAAUAAAGAAAUUGAGGAUAAAGAUGGACACAUGAACGAAUUCACAUUGUUUGAUGUUUAUUCCAAGGUAAUAGCUCAGAGAAAAGAUUCCAUUAGGAAUUUUCUCGAUAAUGGAAGAAAAGAUUUAGCUGAUAAGGAAACAAAAGAGAUUGCGAUUAUUGAUGGUUAUAAGCAAAGCCUAACAGUGGCUUCUGAAGAAGAUGUCAACGCCAAAGUUUUGGAUCUUUUGCAGCAUUGGAAACAAGAAACACCUGAUAUAUUGAUGAAAGAUGUGUUCCGAAAAGUUGAUUGGAAGACAAUCUCAACAGAAUGGAGAGCUUCCCAAAGUUUGAUUAAGAAAUCCAUUGUUUCACAGUUCAACGAUGUUUUCAAGAAAUAA